AUGGAGACCUUGGAGUCUUCAACUGUCCUGUUUCCUACCAGCCUGCCUCCACUUGUCCUCAAUCCUGUCAUUACUUCGAUACUGUUUGCCGCUGUGAUUGCAAUACUUGUUCUAAGUCGAAAAAACAGCAAACUUCCUCAUGCCAACCCUCCAGCAUGGUAUGCUCCGACAACUAUAAAUCAGUUGGACGCUGUGAAAAACGGCAUGAAUAUCCCAUAUCGAAUGAUCAACAAUAACGGAGAAAUGAUUGUUCUUCCAGCACGCUUUGCGAACACUAUCCGGAACGAAGCAGGUCUAAGCUUUGCGAAAGCGUCCACGCAGGACUUCCACGGCCAUGUUCCAGGAUUUACAGCUACAGAAAUCAUAGACCAUCAAGGACAAGUAUUACAAAACGUUGCUAGAAAACCACUCACAAAACUACUUAAUACUGUUACCGAGCCCCUAGCUUCUGAAGCUAUCUUCGCAGUUGACCACGCCUUGGGCAAUCCCACCGAUUGGCAAGAAACCCUCAUUCUGGACUCUAUGCUGGACAUUAUCGCACGUCUUUCGUCACGCGUUUUCCUAGGCGACAGACUUUGUCGCAACGAAGAUUGGCUUAAGAUCACAAAGGCAUAUACUGUGGACAUGUUCCGAGCGGCAUUCAAUUUGACGCUCGUGCCCCUUCCUCUUCGAUCCUUCCUUUCUAUCUUUUCCAAAGAAUGCAGAAUUGUUGUUGGACAUCUGAGGCGCGCUCAGGAGCUGAUCAGGCCCGUAAUCGAGGAGCGUCGUUUACUGAAAGAACAAGCACGUAGGGAAGGAAAGCCAAUUCCACAAUUCAAUGAUGCCAUCGAAUGGGGUGAACAGGAAUGCAAAGGUAUCAGCUAUGAUCCUGCCUCACUACAACUCACUCUAUCGUUUGCCGCUAUCCACACCACAUCGGACCUUUUGUCAAAGAUCUUAUUACUCUUGGCCAGAGAACCUGAGCUAAUCGAACCCCUCCGGGAAGAAAUAAUCCGUGUCCUGAAAAAGGAUGGAUGGAGCAAAACCUCGCUGUACAACAUGAAGCUGUUGGACAGCACAAUGAAGGAAGCACAAAGAGUGUUGCCUAACGAGCAGUUGGCUAUGCACCGGGUCGCAACCAAAGAUGUACACAUAGCGGAAGAGAACAUCACUAUCCUCAAGGGACAGUAUGUUAUGGUAGACGACACUCACGGGAGAAACCUACCCCCAACUGAGGACCUAGAGAAGUUCGAUAUCUACCGUUGGUUACGCUUACGAGAAACGCCUGAGUUUGCGAACAAAGCACACUUUGUAAGCACGAGCCCAGACCAUCUAGCAUUUGGCCACGGAAUGCAUGCCUGCCCUGGUCGCUUCUUCGCUGCCAAUGAGAUCAAGAUCACGCUUAGUUUUCUUCUUCUCAGAUAUGAUUGGGAACUGGCUCCUGGAACAACUGUUGAGCCGACUUCCUUUGGAAUUAACUAUCUGGUAAACCCGAAGAGUACUUUGAGAUACAGGAAGAGAGAAGCAGAGAUUGAUUUGGAGGCUCUGAAGUUUGAUUAGUAGUGUGGUGUAGUAUCACGUGAUCAGCCUGUGGGUAUAUAUAUUGGAAUUUCUUUUCGGAGUAGACAGACUACCUUCUUUACUCAUUAGAAUACAGCG